CUUACCGCAUCGAAAAUCAUCUGAUGUCUUCGGUAGUCAUGGGAGGCUCGUUUACGUUGCUUGUAGAAGUUCUCUUCCUUCUUCUUGUUUUGUGUAUGCGCAGAGGAAAUGUCGAAGCAGUUCGUUCUUCAAGAGUGAAGUUCGACAUGGGAGGUCUCAGCCGAGCGAGCUUCCCCAAAGGUUUUGUAUUCGGUACGGCCACAUCUGCUUACCAGGUCGAAGGCAUGGCCAGUGGAGAUGGCAGAGGUCCUAGCAUUUGGGAUGCUUUCGUUCAAGUUCCAGGAAAUAUUGCCGAAAUGGAUUCCGGAGAGAUUGCGGUUGAUCAGUACCAUAAAUACAAGGAUGAUAUUGAUUUGAUGCACAAAUUGAAUUUCGAUGCAUAUCGAUUUUCAAUCUCAUGGUCAAGGAUAUUUCCGAAUGGCACGGGGUAUGUAAAUUGGAGAGGUGUGAGUUACUAUAACCGGUUAAUCGAUGCAUUGAUCGAGAAAGGAAUAACUCCUUAUGCAAAUCUAUAUCAUUAUGAUCUUCCUCUAGCACUUCAACAGAGAUACGAGGGAUUGCUUAGCAUCAAUGUUGUGAAGGAUUUUGCUGAUUAUGCUGAGUUUUGUUUCAAGACAUUCGGUGAUAGAGUGAAGAACUGGAUGACCUUUAAUGAACCGAGGGUCAUUGCAGCUCUCGGGUUCGAUAGCGGAAUCAAUCCUCCUUCUAGGUGCUCCAAGCCGUAUGGGAACUGUACGGCAGGCAAUUCGGGCACUGAGCCGUAUAUUGCAGCACAUCAUAUGAUACUGUCUCAUGCUGAAGCAGUCAAAAGAUACCGCAGAAGAUACCAAGCGAAGCAACAGGGAAGAAUCGGGAUUCUGUUGGAUUUCGUUUGGUACGAAAAUUUGACAAGUUCACUGGAGGACAAUUAUGCUGCUCAAAGAGCAAGAGAUUUCCAUAUUGGCUGGUUUCUGCACCCUUUGGUCUAUGGAGAAUAUCCAAAAACGAUGCAGGAGAUAGUUCGUGAAAGGCUUCCGAAGUUUACUAAAAGGGAGCUCAGGAUUGUGAAGGGCGGUUUUGAUUUCAUUGGCGUUAACCACUACACAUCUUACUACAUGUAUAAUCCGAAUUGGACUGAAACCUCUCCACCAGGCUAUCAGGCAGAUUGGCAUGUUGGAUUUGCUUUUGAAAAGAACGGAGUUCCAAUCGGGCCGAGGGCAAAUUCAGGUUGGCUUUAUAUAGUGCCAUGGGGUAUCAAUAAGGCCAUUACAUACGUGAAAGAGAACUACGGAAACCCGUACAUGUUUCUCUCCGAAAACGGCAUGGACGACCCGGGUAAUGUAACUUACGCGGAGGGAUUGCACGACACUACGAGGAUAAACUACUACAGGAGCUAUCUGCAGGAGUUGAAGGCAGCCAUUGAUAAUGGAGCGAAUGUGAACGGCUACUUCGCUUGGUCGCUGCUCGACAACUUCGAGUGGCUGUUGGGCUACACCGCUCGGUUCGGCAUCACGUACACGGACUUUAGGGACCUCUCUAGACACCCGAAGAUGUCCGCCUAUUGGUUCAAGCAAUUGCUAGAAAAGAACUAAAGCAUUUGCUAGUUAUGCAGACUCUAGUUUUCGUCGGCUAAAUGUUUCCAAAUUCCGUUAGUAGCUUGUCAAUAGCUCUUCUGGAUUAUUUUUGCUUCGAAGUCGCCAGUUGAACCGGGCAAGAUCCUUUCUAGGAUGAACUCUUCAAUCAACGCAGUUAUUUCUCCC